AUUGCGUAACUAUGCUUGAUGUUUCAUUUACUUUGUGUGUCAAGUAGCCGGGUCUGCGUCCAUCUUCUCGGGUUAACCGACCGACGUCUCAUUCUAAUCAAAAGCCCUAAGCGGCCGAUCUCCUUUCUUCUCCCUACAACGUAUCACCUCUUCUGCUGCUUAAAUUUCUUUUCUACCCCAAUAGUCGGCCCUUGGGAACAGAGAGAAAAAGAGACAAAAGUUCGUUUUCAUUAUUUUAUUUAUGUGGAGAGUUGAGUUGAGGUGAUGAUGAGUAGACUGUCAUUUAGGCCACGUCCACUUGACAUUCACAAGAGGUUACCUAUUCUUAAAUCUCUAAAAGAUUUUGAAGAUGAUGAUGGACCCUCCAAUACCCGAAAUCAAAUCAUUCGUCUCGCUGCUGAAGACCCUGAUAUUGAGGGCUUCUAUUGGUGUGGUGUUCUUAUCUUGUUAGCUCAAGUUGACAACUAUAUAUUGUUAUUGGUAACAUAGAGGAGGGUUCUGGUUUCCUUAAGCUCACUAGUGAACAUAUCCAAAAAAGGAAGUGCACAAAUUAGAGGUUUUAGAUCACAAGGCCCGAGAAAGAGCAGGAGUGAUCACUCCAACUCUUAACUCACCUAUCCCGGUGCUUCUAAGCUUUGAUGCUGCUGUUGAGGCAUUGCAAUCUCUAACAAUCAAAUAUGGAGUCUUCCAGCCAAUUUAUACUUACUGGAAAGACAAGCGGGAACGGUGGCAGAAGCCUAUUCUUCGGCGUUUGCAGCCUCCUCCACCUGUUAGUGAUACCAAUCCAUAUAAUGUAUUUAGGCCAAGAGAGAAGGCUCACAGGCUUCACACAAGGAGGAUGCAAAGGAGGGAAAACAAUGUGCAGUCAUUUGAAAAACUUCGCCAGGUUAGGUGUAGCCUUGACCAAGCAAAGACCAUUCUUGAGGCUCUUAUUAAGAGAGAGGAGAAGAAACGAGAGGUUGUGGAGAGUGAGGUUAGUCUUUAGAGACUUCAAAUGAAACACAAGACCUCCUCGGUUUCCAGAAUGAAAUUGAGCUUGUUGAGGACACAUUGGCUCUGCCUGGAUUUCCUUCCUUCCCAAGUAUGUUUGGUUCAAGUGAAGAGGAAUAUGUUGACUCGGAUGCUGCUGCUAUUAGCCGUCCACAUGCUCAGGCUGAUGUCUCACCAAGUCUAACCUUCAUUGACUCAAAGCCACUGAUGGCAUCUGUUGGAAGCAUCAGGCGAGAGCGAGAGUUGAAACGGCGAUGUGUCCCACAUGGAUGGCUCCACCUAUUGGAUCCAAAUGAGCCACUUCUCCUGUUCGUGAAACCUCUUGAUCCAAAAAAAUUGGCAGCUGCAAGUAUUACACCUCCAGGUUUAGUUGGACGCACAUUCAACUCUCGUGGAAGGAUUGGUCGAGGUGGCAGAAUAGUGUUUGAUAGAUGGAACCCACUUAUGCAUGCUCCAAUUGAGUGGUGAUGCUUUACCUGUACCACUAAAGGCUCAAUAUUCUGCUCAUCCCUGAUAUAAUCAACCCUUCCUAAUCUUCAUUUGUCUAUCCACAUUAAGAUUGUUUUUGCAUGAUAUUGGCAAGGGAAACAGCUCAAGAAAUGAGGGUGAAUUCGUCCUGAUGAUUUUCCAAGGUUUUGGCGGUGAUUGUUUUUGCAUGAUAUUGGCAAGGGAAACAGCUCAAGAAAUGAGGGAGAAUUCGUCCUGAUGAUUUUCCAAGGUUUUGGCGGAGGCAAGGAGAACUAUAGAAUGCAGAUUCCUUUGCCGUGAUUGCAUGCCUCGUUGUUUGACCUUUGCAGGAUGUAUUAUUAUUCUUGUUUCUUUCGUAGGUAAAAGAAUGAAAUCGCCUCUCUUCCCAGUAUUAGAUUUUUAUGUCCAAGAUGUUAGGAAAAUAGAGAGCUUCUUCCUUUCCUCCCUCUAACCAUACAGAAAUGUCAGAUCAAUUGUCAAAGUAUAUGCCUAACCAGAAGCUGUAUGCUUCUACAGUAAAUGAAAUAAUGAAUUUAACCAGUUCUGGACA